CGACCUGCAAAUGCGCCUGAUUCUACAUAAUCUCGUGCUAAGGAAGAGCAGACAGACUCAUUUUUUGAUUUGAUUUGUUUUGUUUUGUGUUUGUGAUGUUUGUGCAUUUGUCCAACCACCUUCAGUCUUGUUGCUUCUGUUCAAUCCUCCCGUCGUCUAGAAGGCUACACUAACCUAUACAAAAUUUCUUAGGCACUUUAGCUAACUUUUUGCCUUGUUGUCAAUUCACUUCAGUUUAAUUGGUAGCAGAAUAUUAAGGUUUGCUUCAACAGGACUCAUCGUUCGAUGUCGAGCAGCAUUCGAACUUCGCGUUAGUUUGCUGGCUCUCAUCUUGAGUAAAUUGCUCGACCUGCAAACGCGCCUGAUUCUACAUAAUCUCGUGCUAAGGAAGAGCAGACAGACUCAUUUUUUGAUUUGAUUUGUUUUGUUUUGUGUUUGUGAUGUUUGUGCAUUUGUCCAACCACCUUCAGUCUUGUUGCUUCUGUUCAAUCCUCCCGUCGUCUAGAAGACUACACUAACCUAUACAAAAUUUCUUAGGCACUUUAGCUAACUUUUUGCCUUGUUGUCAAUUCACUUCAAUUGAAUUGGUAGCAGAAUAUUAAGGUUUGCUUCAACAGGACUCAUCGUUCGAUGAUCGAGCAGCAUUCGAACUUCGCGUUAGUUUGCUCGACCUGCAAAUGCGCCUGAUUCUACAUAAUCUCGUGCUAAGGAAGAGCAGACAGACUCAUUUUUUGAUUUGAUUUGUUUUGUUUUGUGUUUGUGAUGUUUGUGCAUUUGCAGGGUACGUGACGAUGGUAAUCAAGAUGGCUGUCUUCUGGGUAGUUGCGCCGUGUGGCCUGCCUCCAUUUUGUCAGGCUACAUGGCCGAACAUUUCCAAGCACAAUUUGGCAACAUCGCAGGUGCAGUCAUUUCAAAGGGGCUUUGUUUUGGUUUCUAGUGGCGCGUAUGGGGCUGGUCACUCCGCCGUCCUGCUUCCUGUGCGAGCAGAUAGUAACCGGUUUUCCUCGUGCGUUAUCUGUUGAGCUUGCACAAUCAAGGAUUUCAUAAACAAUAACGAACGAACCCGCAAUUGUAGCAGCUGCGACGGCGUUCGAAUUUCCACAGCCUGCACAUGGGGCAAAGUCGUGUUUUUUUAAAAAAAACCUAAACAAUAGAACCCGUGAUAAGUCAAAAGCGGCGGUAUUUACUACGCCAUUGAAAACAAAGGACACAUGGAAUUGUAAAGCAUGUCACUUCCACUCGACUCUGAAAGAAAGGCGACAAUUUGUAUUUAUCUUUGAAGGGCUGGGGGUGAAAAUGUAUUUCAAGCCAAUGGAUGCACCAGUUGGAACACUUUCAUGGUUAGGCUUUACGAUCUACAAAUCUGUUGACCGCUGAUAUGAUCUAAUCGAGGCUUUUGACUCUGCGGGCUGCGACACUGCACGACAGCUCAGUUUGAUUCAACGAUUCUUGCAGUCAGACAACUAAUUGAUGUUAUAAACAAUUCCUUUCGAGCACAUGCGAAGCUGGACAAUGUAAACGUAGACUUUGUUCUUGCAAGUAAUCUGCUUCCUCGUACUGGACUCCAAAACACAUCGCAGGCCUGCUGUCCGUAUGUGACGGGUGGAAGGACCCACAGCACAUCCUGUUCCAACUCGCCAACGCCUGUUUCGUCAUAUCGUACGCUUCCCCGAGCAGUGUGUACGGCGUCCUCUUCAUGCACUCGGCCCUCAUAUUUGGGUUCAUGCUGUUUUCCUUCUGGGCAUGGAACAUCAUCUGUGCCCCGGACAUAUUCUCAUGGAACUUCACGUUCAUGCUACUCAACAUGGGACAGCUGGUGUACAUCAUCUACCAGCGAAGACCCGUCAAGUUCGACCCUGAACUUGAAGAAGCUUAUCAGACGCUGUUCCAUCCCUUUAAGGUGUCAAGGUUGCUAUUCAAGAAGAUGGUCGGUUCAGAUUUCGCCCAAAUCAUGUCUCUGCACGCCGGCGAAGCUUACGCGAUGCAGAAUCUCACGAGGACCGACCGUCUCGGGCUCUUACUUUCAGGAAAGGUGAACGUGAUGUCCGACCAUCAGUUUCUUCAUCCCAUCAUGCCUUGCGAAUUUAUGGACUCUCCAGAGUUUGAGUCCAGUCGUGCUACAACUGACGAUAAAUUCAAGGUGUCCAUAAUUGCGGCCACAUCGUGUCGCUACUUGUACUGGCAGAGGUCUUCCCUGGAGUACCUGUUCGUGAAGGAGACGUAUCUGGCGACAGUGAUCACCACCCUGAUCGCCAGGGACAUCACCACGAAGCUGUACGCCAUGAACAAGAAGAUCGUGACAGACAAGGGUUCCCAUCUAGACAUUCGUCUGCCGAGUAUUACGUCAUCGCUGACGGCAGAAUUUAAGAGCCCACCCGGGAAUCUGAGGAAGAACACGGUGCUGUCCGGAGUGUAUCCAGCGUCUCCUGACUCAGAAACUUCCUUCUUCGUUGCAGUGUUCAGCAGCCGAGAACGCCUCUGCUCCAAAGAGAACGGAACUGUUCUGCCGAACGGGAGGCUCCUGGAAAUGGAGCCCCUGACGGAACUGCCGUCCAACGACGACCUGACUUCAAACAACGGCGUCGAGAGCUGGCUGGAGACGAGCUCCAAGUACCACAGCUGCGAAGUGGUGGACAGCUGAACCCUACGCCACGCCACGCCACUAGUUCAUGCAGAGGCAGGCUCUGCUGCUGCUGUACUGUAUGUUCGUUUGUACUGUGUAAAGGACAGUGAUGAAUAAAAUAUUAAAAAGUACUUCAAAUCCGAA